UCUCUGUAGCGCACGGAUUUCGCCCUGAGCUCUGCGGUGUCUUUGGUGCUUGGCAGCUGAACAUUAUCGCAUUUAACGAGAUGGCCUCUCUGAAGCCUCUGACUCUGUUGAUGCUGAGCUGCGCUCUCUGCUUCGUCCUGGUGACAUGUCAGCCCAGACGCCACGCAGACCUCUAUGCUGACGAUGAACUUGGUGUUGUUGACGGGGAUGGUCCCUAUGCCGGCGCCACGUCCGAUGACUUGGCGGCGUGGCUACUCAGAACCCGCAUGCCCAAGCGCAACUCAGAACUUCUCAACACGCUGCUCGGCUCCAAGAACCUCGUCGCCUUGCGAGCCGCCGGUCGUCGGUAAACAUCCCGAUAAGCAACAUCUUUCAACGCAGUCGAGUAGAGUCCAGCACUCAACUUCAGAAUUGAGCAUCCUCGGUGAAAAAAGAUUCGGAGAGAAUUAUCUGAUAAACUAAAUUUUCUGUCAAGUGCUCAAAUUAAAAUCGGAAUUACUUUUAAAUAUUCAUAAUGCAUACUAUGCUAUCACACAGCACACAUUGCUGAUACUGAUAAUUCGUACAUUUGACAUGAGAUUGUGAAAGCCAUAAAUAAAUCACCAUCUUCUCCGACGCAUGGUGGUAAAAUUUUGGAGACAUAUUUAAUCUGAAAUCAGGCAUACUAUAAAUUUUUGAACGUUUCACUUCGUCGGACUGGCAGCAAGCGGUAUAUGACUUUCCACGCACAAUUUUAACGUUUGUCUCAACAUGCAUAACAAAGUCAGUUUCGAUCGGCAAUUCUUACUAAGUUUCUUAUGCUCUCCACAUCUCGGACCGCAGCCUACAAUAUGCUUCAAUACCACCAACACGCUAAAGAAAUAAGCUAUUUUGAACUUUCUCACAUUUAGCCUAUAGACAGAAUAGAUUAACUUAUUUUUCCCGCUGACUGGAAACUAGUACACGACAUGAGCAAGUUUGUAACGCGAGGUUCACUCACAUCAGUACCUCAUGUGACCGGAAAGUUUAAGACCAUCACUUCAACCCAUCGAUAUUCACGAUUAGCACUCUAAUCCUUUUAUAUUUACGUAUUUACGACCAAUACUUUAAUUCAGUUAAAUUUACAACCAUCACUUAAAUUCAUAUACAUUUACGAAUACAACUUAAGAGCAGCAUAUUUAACACCUUGACUUAAAUCCAUCAAUUUUUACGACAAUCACAUCAAUCCAUCUAUAUAGACGACCGGAACUUCAAUACAUCUGUAGUGACAACCAUCGCUUCAAUCCAUCUAUAUUUACGACCAUCACUUCGAUAUAUCGUUGGUGCUGAUCAGCAAUCAAUUUGAGGAUAAUUCAAAUCUCAAAAACAAUUGAAAAAUUGGCGAGUGAGCACAGCUAAGAUUUAACUCGUGAGCACAUAUUUAUGAUUUUACGUCAUUCAAUAUGGCUUUCAGGAUCAGUCGUCGCACUGAUAUUCGUAACAAGGAAUCUACUAUAGCCUAGAAUGCUCGCGUUACGAGCUCAACAUGAUUUAUGCCUAAAUGUGUCAAACAAAAUAAAUAAAAUCGAGCAAA